CCAAAUGCAUAAGUAAUGGAACCGGAGGCUCUUCCCUCAUUCUGAAAAAAUGGGCAGAUCAUUGGCAUUCUUGCUGCCAGCUUUGCUUCUUGCUGCCACCGUUGAGAGCCUCCUCACCGUGAGGCCAGACUGCCAGGAGAGCUGCGGUGGAGUCGACAUCCCCUACCCGUUCGGCAUCGGCGCCGGCUGCUUUCGCCCGGGCUUCGAGAUCACCUGCCUCAACAACACCAUGCCGGUUCUGCCGGCCUCCACAGGGGUGGUACGGGUGCUGACCCUGCUGGUGAUGCCGCGCCCGGAGGCCCGGGUGAUGCUACCGGUGUCGUGGACGUGCUACAACUCCGCUGGCAACACCACGGCCGUGUCCCUGGACGGCAGAGUAAACUUCAACAAGGACAACGUGUACCGCAUCUCCAACACCCACAACCAGCUCUUCGUCCUCGGCUGCAACACCUUCGUCUACACCAUGAGCUGGUGCACAGCCCACUGCAACGAUCCCCUGAGCGCCAUGUACACCCUGUACAGCGGGUGCACCACCUACUGCAACGACUCCCGGAGCGCGCAGGACGGCGCGUGCGCCGGCGUCGGCUGCUGCCACGUCGACAUCCCGCCGGGAAUCGGCGACAACCUGAUGAAAUUCGACACCUGGUCGCGCGUCGGCAAGGAGUUCAGCCCCUGCGACUACGCCUUCAUCGUGGAGAAGGGCAGCUACACCUUCCGGGCAGCCGACCUUCACAUGGAGAAGCACACCAGAUUGCCGCUGCGGCUCGACUGGGCCAUCCGGGACAGCAACGUCAACUCCACCGCCUCCCUGUCCUGCGCCCAGCUGUCUCAGGGGAACAGCACCAGCUGUGUCAGCGACCACAGCGAGUGCGUCGACUCCACCAAUGGCCCCGGAUACGUCUGCAACUGCACAAAGGGCUACGAGGGAAACCCAUACCUUCCCCAUGGAUGCACAAAUAUCGAUGAAUGUGCACGUCCACGAGAGGAGUUCCCUUGCAAGGGUGAAUGCCGCGACACCGCGGGUUCAUACAGUUGCACAUGCCAUCCAGGUUAUCGGAGUAAUGGAGAUCCAAGAGAAAACCCAUGCAAUCCAAACUUCACACUUGCAGCAAAGCUUGCCAUCGGCAUCAGUCUGAGUGUGUCCUUGAUAGUUGUUGCUCUACUUUUGGUACUCAUAAUGCUCCAAAAGAGAAAACUGGAUAAAGUAUUUGAAAAGAACGGAGGCAGGAUACUUCAAAAUGUGAAAGGCCUGACGAUUUUCUCAAAGGAAGGAUUAAAGAAAAACACAAAAAAUAAUUCAGAGUUUCUUGGGAAUGGAAGCUUUGGUAAAGUCUACAAAGGAACUCUUCCUGACAAUACCAUGGUGGCAGUUAAGGCCUCUAUCAAGGUAAAUGAAGCUACAAAACAGGAGUUCGCUGAAGAAGUGGAGAUCCAUUCACAUAUGAUCCACAAGAACAUUCUCAAGCUCAUUGGUUGCUGCCUCGAGGUGGAUGUUCCAAUGUUAGUGUACGAGUUUGCUGCUAAUGGGAGCCUCGGACACACUCUCCAUGGCAACAAAAAACAAAACCUUCCCUUGGACUUACGUUUGGAGAUAGCAAUUGGGUCUGCAGAAGGGUUAAGGUACAUGCACUUGUACACAACUCAAGCCAUACGACAUGGUGAUAUCAAACCAGAUAACAUACUUCUUGAUGACAACUUAACACCAAAAAUCUCAGAUUUUGGGUUGUCAAUGCUUCUUAAAGAGGAAUAUUUUGCCAAGAAGGUGGUUGGGUGCAUGGGUUACAUUGACCCGGUGUUCAUGAAAACUGGGCUCUUAACACAGAAGAGUGACGUCUAUAGCUUCGGAGCUGUUCUCUUGGAACUCAUUACCGGGAAGGAAAAUGUAUAUGAUAAGAACCAUAGCCUCAUCAUCGAGUUUUGCAAAGUUUUUGAGAAAGAAAAGACUGGGAGGGCAAUGUUCGACAAGGAGAUUGUUGCGACCGGAGAAGAUAUCUUUAUCCUAGAAGAAAUUGGUAAGUUGGCUAUCGAAUGUCUAAAAGAAGACAUAGAAGAUCGACCAGAUAUGACGGAGGUAGCAGAACGACUUGUGAUGCUUAGGAGAGAAAGGAAGCUUCAUAAAACUCCCAAUAGAACUCCUAGCCGCUUUGAGGAAAUAAAUAUGGAAUAUUCGCCAAACAAUAUUGACAGAAGUGGAACUAGCAGUGCCACAUGUUCGGUGCCAUCCACUCCAACAAGCAAAGAUUUCAAUGCUAGUCCAUAGGUCAGAGCUGAUGUAGUGUGCUGGCGUUAGAAGAUGUGUUUUAUGGUAUGUAAAGCUUUCUCGACAAUAUAUUGAUCGACCUCUUGUAAGUUGCAGAUAUAUAUGACAUAAUUGUAGCAUAUGUGUGGAUACAUACUUUGUGUGUAAGCGACCAAUAUAUAUCAUGCCAGUGUCAGCAUGAUACAGUGUGCGGAGAAGGUAUUUGGCUAUUAAUAUAAAUAAUA